GGCGGCGGCUGCUGCGGGAGGCGGCGGCGGCUCCUCCUGGGCCUCGGUGCCGCGGGGCCGCUUCCCGGCGCGGCCUGGCGGGUGCCGCGCGCGGGGCUCUGGCGCCGGAAGCCGCGCGCGGGUGUCUCUGCUGGCGCCGCAGCUCCUGCUGGUCGCCCCGCCAGACGGAGAGAGGGCCGCGGCGGCAGCGGACGCCACCCUGGGGAACCUCCUGGGCCUCGGACGGAGCCUGCGCCGCCUGCAGGGCCUGCUGGGUGACAGCAGCAGCAGCGACGGCGAGGAGGAGCCGGAUGAGUUUCUGGGCUUCCACUCAGAGGAUGAGGCCUCCCAGAGUUCUUUACGUGCUGCUCUACGGUCUAAAAGAGGUGCGGCUCUGCCUGCCCGUGGGCGGAAGAAGAGGGCGCUCUCCGAGGAUGCCCGUUCCAAGCGGCUGGCCAAGCAGAAGGCUGUGGAGACUCAGAGGGAGCGUAUGGUGAAGGCCUUGGCGAAACUGCUUCAGAGGACCAAGGGACCCCCAGCCCGGUUGGGCAGACCACCAGGUUCAGGCCCCAAAGUAGGCAGGAUGCUUCCCGAGCAGACUAAACUUGGCCCCGAGACAGACGAUUCCAUAAAAGCCACCCUCCCUCCUGCCCUUCCUCCGCAGGCCGGGAAGAACCCCAACUCCAUGGCAUCCUCCAGGCCACGUGGCCGGCCACGGGGUUCCUUCACCAAAAGACCCCGGACCAUGCCUGAACCUCCUUGCCAAAGCGUUGAAGCUCCAUGUUCCCUCCCCGAACCUGAGCACAACAGCCCUUUGCCCUCCCCCUGCCGAGCUGUCAGCCCGUGCCCACCGUCCCCGGAACCUAAGAAGCCCCCGCUCAUCCUAAAGUUCUUUUCCAAGGCCAGGCGGCACAAGUCUGGCAAGUUGGUGGUCACCCACGUCCGGCUAAAGGGCUCCGGUCACAGAAGGGGUCGCAAGAGGAAAUGGAGCGUUGUGCAGAAGAAGAGAAGCUCCCCGCUUCCCUCCCAGUCUGUCUCUGAGUCGGAGGCCCCUUUAUCGGAGUUGGAGGGACCCGCCCCUGAAAAGGAACAAAAAGAGGUGACUUUGGCUCUGGAGACGCAGCCGGAGGUUCUUAAUGCGGGUCCAGAGCCUCAGCCGGAACUUCCUCCCCUAAAGCUAGAGGCACAACCUGAAGUGGUUGCUCAGGAGCCAGAGCAGCAACCAGAGGCUCCGCCCCUCAAGGUGGAAGUCUCUCAGCCAGAACUGGAGGCUCCGGCUCCAGGAGAUGGCGUUCCCACCUCACCGAACAGACUUCCUGGGAAACAAGGGCAACAGCAGGCCAACUCACAGAGCGAUGGAACGGGGGCCCUUCCUGAGGAGGGCUCUCCCAGCGUCACUCUUCCCACCCGGCCGCAGCGUUCGAAGUGGGGUCGUGGCCGGCCGCAGCGUUUGAAGCGGGGUCGUGGCCGGCCGCCCCUCACCGCUUCCCAGAGGGCCCAGCGGAUGGCCACUCAGCAGCUGCCAGCCAAGGUCCGAGAGGAGGCUUUGGCAGCCCCUCAGCAGGCCAGCGGUGCCAGCUCUGAGGAAGCCCCGGCUCUCAAGGCCACGUUCCUGAAGAAUAUCCGCCAGUUCAUCAUGCCUGUGGUGAGCGCUCGUUCGUCACGCCUCAUUCGCACCCCCCGCCGCUUUAUAGACGAGAUCCCGCAGAAGACGGCCAAGUCUACGGAAAGCCCCGCUGCCCCAGAAGGGCCUUGUCCUGACAAACAAGAGGCGCCCCUGUCGUCAUUGCCAGUGACCUCACUGCAGCUGACUCCCCCGCCCCCUAGUUCCCCAAGUAAAGAGACUUCCAGAGCUCUCUCCCCACCACCUUCCCCUAGUGUUCCCCAUAUAUCUUCCUCUGUUCCCUCCCUGCCCGAGAAGCGGCGUUCCAUCCUCCGGGAGCCCACUUUCCGCUGGACUUCACUGAGUCCCACAUUGUCCCCAAAAGAUCUGGGCAAGGCCCUGUUCCAUCUUCCUAGCGAAGAUUCCCCUUCUUUGCCUGGCACUCCGGCACCAACCCCUUUGCCCCCCGCCAAGCGGACUCCCCUGCUGCGUGCCCCUCAGUUCACCCCGAGCGAAGCACACCUUAAAAUCUACGAGUCGCUGACGGUGUCUUCCGAGGAGUCUGAGCCAGCGCACGCUUCCCCUGAGGUCAGGAGGGACGCCCCGGCGUUGCAGCAAGAAGCUCCCAUGCUCCCCAGUGAGCCGGUGACAACCCGCAGCAGCAAGAGGCUGAUGGGAAGGACAAACCAUCUCACCUUGCCGCUCUUCACGGAGGUCCCGAGACCGCUCAGGGCGCAGGGCAAAGAGCUGAUCACAAUGGAGGAUGUGAAUUCUCCGGGUGUGGUGCACAAGGUGGCCAUCCGCAGGGUCGUGCCUCCAGUAGUCCUCAAGAAGGAGGAGGCCGACAGCUCGGAGAGCGAGGCAGAGCCAGCCAGCCCCUGUUUGGAGGUGCCGCCGCUCCCUCCGGAGAUGCCGAAGCCCAUUAUCACCCAGCUGUCGAGCAUGGAUAAAGUGUACAGCCUGCUCACUCGUGCCAAGGUGCAGCUUUUCAAGAUCGAUCAGCAGAAGAAUUUCAAGCUGGGCCCGGGGUGUCAAACCAUCAAGAUAGAUGUGCUCGAGCCGCCAAAGGUCCAGAGCAAGCAGGAGCCGAGUUUGGAACAUAAAGCAGCUGAAGAAGACGGGAAAGAUGCAAGAAAGCAGGGCCUAGAAUCUCCGGUGCAGGGCCCUCGGAUCAAGCACGUGUGCCGGCACGCCUCGGUGGCCCUGGGGCAGUCUCGUGCCAUGGUGCCAGAGGACAUGCCGCGUCUCAGUGCCCUGCCGCUGCGGGAGAGGGAGGAGAUUGCUGCUUCGCCCACCGUUGAGGAGACCUCCUCAGCCUCCGAGAGCGAGAGUGGGCACCAGAAGCAGGUGAAGGUGGAAACGGCUGUCAAGGCGGCGGCGCACUCUGCACGUCGCCACGUCUCCCACCACCAUCACGGCAAGAAGAACCGAAUGACCCGCUGUGGGAACUGCAAAGGCUGCCAGAAGCUGCAGGACUGUGGGGAGUGCAUCAACUGUCUGGAUAAGCCAAAGUUUGGUGGGCCGAACACCAAGAAGCAGUGCUGCGUGUAUCGGAAAUGCGACAAGAUAGAAGCGCGGCGGGUGGAGCGGCUGUCGAAGAAAGGUCGUACUGUAGUGAAGCCCAUCGUCCAUUGGGAUUCUGAGGAUUCUCAGGAGGAGUUCCCAGCCCCUUGGGAGGUUAUGCUAGGGGCCACGGAGACAGCUGAGCAGGAUUCCCUGCUACAGCGCAAGUCGGCACGGCGCUGCGUCAAGCAGAGGCCCUCCUAUGACAUAUUUGAAUCCUCCGACUCGGAUGCAGAGCCAGUGUCUGGCUCGGCCACGCACCGCCGGAAAUCUUCUCGGGACUCAGAUCUGCUUCCCAUGGACUCUGAGGAGCAGAGCAGACCCCGUCGGACACCCCUCCAGCCCGUGGUGCAGUUGAAGGCCCGGAAGAAGCCGGAGAAGGAUGUCGCCUCUUCUGGCAUGCUCCCUUCAGUCUCCAAUGGCUGGAACGGGAAACAGAAAUCUACGGAUGGCGUCCACCGACUCAGAGUGGAUUUCAAGGAGGACUGUGACCUGGAGAACGUCUGGCUGAUGGGCGGCCUCAGCAUCCUCACCUCGGUGCCCGUCACCACACAGUUGGUGUGCCUCCUUUGUGCCAGCAAGGGCUUCCAUCAGCUUGUGUUCUGCCAGGUGUGUUGCGACCCUUUCCACAUCUUCUGCCUGGAGGAGGAUGAGCAGCCGCUGCCUGAACAGGAGGACAGCUGGUGUUGCCGCCGCUGCAAAUUCUGUCACGUCUGUGGCCGCAAAAACAAGGCCUCCAAGCAACUGCUGGAAUGCGAGCGUUGCAGGAACUGCUAUCACCUGGCUUGUCUGGGGCCCAACUACCCCACUAAACCUUUCCGUAAGAGGAAGGGCUGGAUCUGCUCGGCCUGCAUCCGCUGUAAAAGCUGCGGCACUGCUCCUGGGAAGAACUGGGACACUGAGUGGUCCAGCGACUACAGCUUAUGCUCCGCCUGCUCGGUGCUGUAUGAUAAAGGUAAUUACUGCCCUAUCUGCUUGCACUGCUACGAGGACAAUGACUACGAGAGCAAGAUGAUGCAGUGUGCCAAGUGUGACCACUGGGUUCAUGCCAAGUGCGAGGGCCUUUCAGAUGAGGGCUACGAGAUCUUGUCCAACCUACCCGAGAGCGUCGUCUACUCCUGUCGUCCCUGCUGCGGCAGCGACAAGGCCAAGUGGCGGGAGGUCCUCAGCGUGGAGCUGCGCAAGGGCCUCCGGCAGGUGCUGCAGGGCCUGCUGAGCUCCAAGUACGCCACUCCCCUGCUGCAGUGUGCUCAGUGUUGCCCAGACGACGGCGUGAAGGUUCACCUGCGACCCUGCGACUUGCGCACAGUCAACAAGCUCUUUGACCAGGGUCACUAUAUGUCUGUGCACAGCUUCAAUGAGGACAUGGUGGGCGUCCUGUUGGGGCACAUGGAGGAGGGCCAGGCCGGCCUUAACGCAAAGGCAUUCUACAUUGAGCUGAUGGGAAAGUUCUUCAGCUGGUUUGAUGCUCAGGAUCCAAAGCACUGGACACGCAACAGCAUCCUCCCCAACGGUAUGCUCCCCAAUGCAGUCCUGCCUCCCUCCUCUGACCACAUCUACGCUCAGUGGAGGCAGCCUGAGGAGCUCAGCUCUGGUGCCAACAGUCACUUGACAUCCACUGGCCCAGAGAAGACAGCUGGGAAGGACACAGAGCAUGCCUUAGCACAGCAAGAAUUUGCUGAUCCAGAAGACAAGCGGCAGUGUGCCCUGUGCCUCCAGUUUGGCGAUGCUCCUUCCAAGGAUGCAGGCAGGCUGCUGUACAUUGGCCAGAACGAGUGGACCCACGUCAACUGUGCCAUCUGGUCAGCUGAAGUCUUUGAGGAGAACGACGGCUCCUUGAAGAACGUGCAUGCCGCUGUGGCCCGGGGCCGGCAAAUGCGUUGCGAGCACUGCCAGCGCACGGGGGCCACUGUCGGCUGCUGCCUCUCGGCCUGCCUCAGCAACUACCACUUCAUGUGCGCCCGCCUCCGCCACUGCACCUUCCAGGACGACAAGAAGGUCUUCUGCCAGAAGCAUGUCGAUCUCUUGGAUGGGACGGAGAUAGUCGCUGAAGAUGGCUUUGAUGUCUUGCGCCGCGUCUACGUCGAUUUCGAGGGCAUCAGUUUCAAGAGGAAAUUCAUGGUGGGCUUGGAGCCAGACACCAUCAAGAUGAUGAUAGGCUCCAUGAAGAUCGAUAGUCUGGGGAUGCUGACGGACUUAUCAGAGUGCGAGGGGCGCCUCUUUCCAGUCGGUUACCAGUGUUCUCGGAUUUACUGGAGCACGGUGGACGUCCGCAAGCGGUGCUGGUACAAGUGCCGGGUCCUGGAGUACCGGCCGAAGCUGAGCCAGGAGGAGCCGGAUGCGCUGGGGGUGCAGGAGGAGAACCACACCAUUGUGCAUAGCCCAGCAGCCCCCGUAGAUGCCAGCCUUGGAGAAAAGCACCUUCCGGAGGUGGCCCCUCCCUUGCCGCCACCAGAGCGUCACUCUCCCGCACAGAACCCAGGGCCUCUGCCACCCCCGGAACCUGCUGCCUCCAAGCCCAAAUCUCUCUCUGGAGCUCGCAUCAAAGUGCCCAACUACUCCCCCACUCGGCGGCCUAUAAGCGGGGUGUCGUCUCGCCCGCUGCCCUCUCCCGGGAGUGCAUCAUCCAUGUCCCAUCACAUCUUGACGGUGGGCGACCCGGACUUUCCCACUCCACGCCGUACUCAACGCCUCAGCCCCUUGUCGCCUAGCAGUGCUCCCCGUGCCCGCCGGUCUUCCCUCCCCCUGCAAGCUACUGCGAACAGGACUAGUCCCCCCAGCACCACUCUCAGGGCAAUGCCGCCUCUCCCAGACGAACUCCUAGCUGGGAGCGGCUUCAAGCACACGUCUACCUCUGACGGGCAGCGGCCCACACCUACCUCACCCCCUCCCUCGCCCCCCGCCGUGCCCCCGGAGCUGGCUUUCGAGCUCAAUGUCUCUGAUUUGGAAUUUGACGACAGCCUCUUGGACGAGCCCUUUCAGGAAGAGGAGCUGGGCGUGCCACGGACAUGCCCUUCGCCCGGCCUGGGCCUGCCUCAAUUGGACGGGCUGGGGGAUGUGGAAAGCGAGGAGGAAGGAGAGGCCGGGCGCUACUUCCGGUUCCCGCGUACCGUGGUGAUGCGAGAGCCGCCUCUGCCCCCAUACCCUCUGGACCUGCCCUUGCCCCACAUCCACCAGCUGGACGGGAUUGAUGACGGCACAGACAGUGAGGCGGAUGCCGCGGGGGGGCACCAGUCUGCCAAGGGCAAGCAGGUGGAGCCGAGGGCGGACAGGGAGCUGGCUGGCCCUGCUCCCGCUCCAGAGGACCUGCCCUCCGACAUCGUGGACUUUGUGCUGAAGAACAUGGAUGCCCCCGAGAGCAAGGCUCCACUGCCCGUCUGCCCCAAUCGGACCUCUCCGCCCCUGCCGCCCCCUACCUCUGCCAGUCUUAAUGGCACCGAGUCGGCCCAUUCGAGCCCUGCUCCGGAUCCCGCCCCAACCCUCGUGCUCAGCUGCACUCAAGUGCCCAGCGGCCCCGAGGUGAAGGUGCUGGGCUCCGAGGGCCAAAAGCCCAACUCCCGGAUCAUCUUGGUGAACAAGCUAGGCCAGGUCUGCGUGAAAGUGCAGGGCGAGGAAGGCGUCUUCCGCACCCAAGAUGGGGAGCAGGCCUCCAGCUGCAACGCCAAACCAAACCCUGCCCCGCCACCGCCCGGCCUGAACACGGUUAUUUUACGGGCACCCCUGAGCCUUGCCCCAAGCCCCGUUCCCACCUGGACCAUCCGGGGGCCAGUGCUCAGCAUGGUGCCCAUGAUGAACGUGGUGGGCACCGCCCCUCAGACCGCUGGAGGGCAGCUGGCACUGGGGCUCCCCCAGACCUGUCUCUUGCAGCCCGUGGCCAUGAAUCCGGGGGUGCUCAGCCUUCCGAGCUUGGUGUCCUUGCCUAGCCCCCGGCCGGCCAUUCGGGUCAAGAGAGUCUCCACCUUUGUUGGAUAUGUGCCCCCCAAGAAGGCCAAGGUGGAAGGAGGCAGUGAAGAAGAGCAGCCGCCGGUGUUGCCUGCGGGGACUCCCAGUCACCUGGUUAACAACUGCCUUUCUGGCAACACAGCGGGCUCCAGCAUCGGGAGGGUUCGGAUGAAGACCCCCACGGCAAAGGGCGUCAUAGACCUGGAUGCGUUGAAAGAGGAACCAGGCACCGCUGGCAGGAGCGAGCUGUCCCCGAUGGAGCACUCCCCUUGCUCCACAGCAUUGCAUUCCCGUCCCGGAACCCCAGAUCAGAACCAAGAGCCUCUGCUGGAACCGAUCUGGCACAGAUAUACAGUGGGCCUUUCCAGCUCAGAUGAAGACAACCUGAACCAGGAAGACAAAGAGAACGAAGUGCCCCGCAAGACGCAGCCCCACCUGCGCUUCGAGAUCACGAGUGAGGAUGGCUUGAACGUGCAGGCUGACAGCAUCGAGGGUGCCUGGAAAGCAGUCAUCGAGAAGGUGCAGGAAGCUCGGACCAAUGCCAGGCUGAAGCACCUGUCCUUUGCAGGCAUGAACGGCGUGCGGAUGCUGGGGAUGCACCACGAUGCCAUCAUCUUCCUGGUGGAGCAGCUGUAUGGUGCCAAGGCCUGUCAUAAGUACAAGUUCCGGUACCACCAGCAUGAAGACGAGGAGGAAGAACUGCCUCUCAACCCCCACGGCUGCGCCCGGGCCGAAGUCUAUGUUAGGAAAUGCACCUUUGACAUGUUCAACUUCUUGGCAUCCCAGCAUCGUGUGCUUCCUGAGGGUGGCCCCUAUGAUGAAGAGGAGGAUGAAGUGCAGCUCAAGUCCACCAGGCGAGCGACCAGCUUGGAGCUACCCAUGGCCAUGCGUUUUCGGCACUUGAAGAAAACCUCCAAGGAAGCUGUGGGCGUGUACAGGUCAGCCAUCCACGGCCGGGGUCUGUUCUGCAAGCGAAACAUCGACGCUGGCGAGAUGGUGAUAGAAUACUCGGGCAUAGUCAUCCGAUCUGUGCUGACAGACAAGCGGGAGAAAUACUACGACAGCAAGGGCAUCGGGUGCUACAUGUUCCGCAUCGACGACUUUGACGUGGUGGACGCCACAAUGCACGGCAACGCCGCCCGCUUCAUCAACCACUCCUGCGAGCCCAACUGCUACUCGCGCGUCAUCCACGUGGAGGGCCAGAAGCACAUUGUCAUCUUUGCCCUGCGGCGCAUUUUCCGUGGGGAGGAGCUCACCUACGACUACAAGUUCCCCAUCGAGGACGCCGGCAGUAAGCUGCCUUGCAACUGUGGGGCCAAGCGCUGCCGCCGCUUUCUCAACUGAGGACUCGUCUCCCAGCUACAGGCCUUCCCCGGUAGCAGCCAGGAAGGGCAGGGCAUGCCCAAGGGAGAGGAGAGGAGAAAAGGGGGACCCAACCCUGCCGUGCUGUUCCAAGUGAGCUGCCGCAGCAGCAACACUUACUGAUCCCUUUCCUCGAGGCACGGAGACAGUUCAUCUCCAAGAGCAUCAGUGAUGCGCAUUUCGUGUCGGAAAAGGAGGCCGUUGCCAACGGCACCAUCGCUUGAAUCUGUAGCUUGAAAUUAUGGCAGGCAGAGAUAUGGGGCAAGUCUCAAAGGGUGUCCUCCCAGACCCCUUAAUUUGUGCCCCUCUGCUUCAUAAAUCCUGAUGACGAUUAUGAUUAUUGUUAUUUUUCCCUUGUGGGGUGAGAACAGCAUUUUCUUUAAUUUUGUACUUUUAAAUUUUGUGAAUUCCCCCUUCCCCCCCUUGCUUAGAAUUCUCUGUCUAAAAGGAAAAAAAAAAACAUCAAACCCAGGAGGAUGUAAAUAUUUGUACAAAUUUCUAAACCUGUUUAUUUUCUAUGCACUUUUUUAUUUAAGAUGCUCAGUCAACUCAGACGGGAAAGGGUUGGAUUCUUGUUGGUAUAAUUUUAAAUAAAAUGCAAUUUUGACACGA